AUGCAAAAAUGUACAAUUCCACUACGGAGUACAGAGCCUGGCUGCACUCUGGGGCAGGUGUUUAUCUCUUUGCUGUUUUCAGAGUAUCAGACUGACUCCCAGCCGUUGCGUCCGUGUGAGCUUCAGAGGGAAAAGGCUUUUUCAGCAGGAGAAGCCUACGUUCCUCAGUGCUCAGAGGAUGGCCAGUUCAGGACAGUCCAGUGCAGUAGGAAUGGUCUUUCCUGUUGGUGUGUAGAUGAGAAUGGUGUUGAGGUUCCUGGCAGCAAACAGAAUGGAUAUCCCACAUCUUGCUUGUCCUUUUGUCAGCUGCAAAGGCAGAGGAUCUUGGUGAGCCGAUACAUCAACGGCAGCAGCAUCUCCUACAUCCCUCAGUGCCUGGAUUCAGGGGCUUUCGACCAGGUGCAGUGUGACAUGGAGCUGGGGCAGUGCUGGUGUGUAGAUCCAGAGGGAAUGGAGAUUUAUGGCACCAGACAAAGAGGAAAACCAGCACGGUGUCCAGGGAACUGUGAGAUCCGAGACCGUCGCAUCCUGCAUGGGUUUGGGGAGAAGAGCCCACCACAGUGUUCAGCAGAUGGAGAGUUUCUGCCUGUCCAGUGCAAGUUUGUCAACACAACAGACAUGAGUGUUUUUGAUCUUGUUCAUAGUUACAACAGGCUCCCAAGGGCUUUCCAAAAAUUCAGCUCGGUGAGGGAAGCGUUCCCGGAGAUCUCUGGGUACUGUUACUGUGUGGACAGCCUGGGGAGGGAGUUAGCAGACACAGGCCUGGAGCUGCUGCUUGAUGAAGUUUACGACACGAUUUUCUCGGCGCCGGAGCCUGCCCGCACGUUCACGGAGAGCAGCAUCCAUCGGAUCCUGCAGAGGCGAUUCCUGGGGGUCCAGCUGGCCACCUCUGGCAAGUUCAGGUGCCCCUCGCGGUGCGAGGCUGAGCGCUCGGCCGCGCUGCGCUUCCAGCAGCCCUGGGUGCCGGCCUGCGCGGCCGGCGGGGCCUACGCGGGCCUGCAGUGCCACCCGCGGGGACAGUGCUGGUGCGCGGACACCCGUGGCCGGGAGGUGCCCGGCACGAGGAGCCGAGGCCAGCGCCCGGCCUGUGGUGAGGAGCAAUCAUGCAUCUCUGAGAGGCGACGGGCCUUGUCGAGGCUCCUCUAUGGCCCUGCUGGGUACUUCAGCCAGUCCAGUUUAUUUUCCACACCAGAUAAGCAGUCAGACAAAAUUGAUGGCUUUUCAAGGCCCUGCCCUCCCUCUUUCAAGGAGCUGUUUCUGGACUCUGGAUUGUCAUCCCCACUUGCACAAAGCCCGUUUGCCAGCCAGACUGCUGAGCUAGAAACCACCCUUAGUGAAGCCAUCACAGGGAUGUUCCCAUCCAGGGAACUGGCUCGAGUGGCACUGCAAUUUACUGCCAAUCCAAAGCGUUUCCAAGAAAACCUCUUUGGAGGAAGGUUCUUGAAGAAUUUAAUCCAGUUUAACUUCACAGGGGUACUUGGCACUAGUGGGAAGUACAGCAUUGGCCAGUUUUUUCCACAGGAGGAUCUGUCAGAGAUGGAUAAUGGUCAAGGCCCUCUGGAGUCAGCUGAGGCAUUUUCACUGAAGGUAUCAAAGGGGAGCUCCAUUUUGAGUAAACCUCUUGUGAGCAGCUUUGGCCGCACAGUGACUCUGCAGGACAAUCAGAAUCAGAUGAAGUUCCUGUCUUCUCUCCUGGAACUACCAGAGUUCUUUACUUUUCUUCAACAAGUAGUUUCUGUCCCCGAAAGCAUUGCUGAAGAUUUAGGUGAAGUGGUGAAACUAGCACUGGGAUCCAGAGGCUGUGGUGAGGAGCCAAGGGACCUGUUUGUUCCAACAUGCACCAAGGAGGGGAGGUAUGAGGAGAUUCAGUGCUAUGCAGGAGAGUGCUGGUGUUUGGACACUUUGGGUAAGGAGGUUCCAGGUUCAAGACGUCGAGGGAAACACCCAAGGUGUCCCACUGAGUGUGAGAAGCAAAGGAGAAACUUGAAAAACCUGAAGCAAAGCCUGCCUGCAGGAUCAGAUCUCUUUAUUCCCUCUUGUACUGAGGAUGGAGACUUUCUGCCACUCCAGUGUUAUGGAACAAAUUGUUUCUGUGUUGAUUUGAAUGGCAAGACUAUUCCAGGAAUCAGGGGCAAAGCUGGAAAGCUGAUACAAUGCCCAAGUGCUUGCCAAGUAACAGCUGGUCAGGAGUUUCUCAGGGCUGUGAAGCUGCUGCUGUCAGAUCCAAGUGCUGUGCCCCAGCUGUCCAGCCUUCACCUCGCUCAGUGUGACGCUGCGGGUGGCUGGAGGCCGGUGCAGUGCAGUGGCCCCCCCGAGCAUGCCUUUGAGUGGUACGAAAGGUGGAUUGCAGAGAACAACGAGGGCAAGCCCCUGCCCCUUCCUGACCUAUUGAACAUCAUAGCUGGGUAUAAAGAGGCAUCCUCUGGAGACUUUUCAGCUUUUGUUAAAGCUUUGUAUGAGGCUGGGCACCAGAAUGUCUUCCCCAUAUUCUCCAUGUAUUCCUCCUUCACGGAUCUCCCACCUCAAGUGCUGAAGGGAAACCUGACCAGUGCAUCAGAGAACAUUUUGCUGGACCCAUAUACGUUCUGGCAGCUUCUGACUGACCAGCUCAGCUACUACCCAGGACCCUACACUGACUUCAGUGCUCCUUUAGGCCACUUUGAACUUCGCGAUUGUUGGUGUGUUGACAGCAAAGGAGGAGAGCUGGAAGGAACAAAGGCAGGAGGGAACCAGGUUCCAGCAUGCCCUGGUAUAUGUGAAGGUGUGAAGCAGGAAGCCAUGAAAUUUAUGGAGGAGGCAGAGCAGCUCAUCCUGGCCUCAAAUGGGUCCCAGUUUGCCUUUGGAGAGAGCUUCUUGCUGGCAAGGGGGAUACAGCUCACGGACAGGGACCUCCUGCGCUCCGCUGGGCCCUACGGGCUGGGGGCAGCAAUCUCCCAGAAGCUGCUGUCGGGCAGUGACUCUGCUCUCCAGCUGGCUGCAUGGUCAGUCCUGCAUUUCUACUGGCAAAGUCACUUUACUUCAAAGAGUUCUGCUGGGGAGGCAGCACAGCUGGGAUUUUUCCCUUACAUCCCUCAGUGUGAUGGCCUGGGAAACUGGGAGCCAACUCAGUGCUAUGAGAGCACAGGUCAUUGCUGGUGUGUGGAUGAGAGAGGUCGAUAUGUCAUGGAUUCCUUGGUCUCACGCUCAGCAGAACUUCCCAAAUGCCGCACUUCAUGUCAGCGAUCUCGAGCCAAUGCCCUAAUUUCCAGCUGGAGACAGAGCAGUGCAAAGCUGGACACCUCUACAGCUGAUCUGUUCAUCCCCAGCUGCCUUGAGACAGGAGAAUACACUGUGCUGCAGAGGUCUGACACAGAUAUUUGGUGUGUGGAUCCUGUGUCAGGAGAAAUAUUCCAGCGUGGCAGCAAUGACUUGGAUGGCAAUCCUGAGUGUCCCAGUUUCUGUAACCUGCUGAAGUCCCAAGUGGUUUCACGAGGAGCUGCCAGAGAAGACAUCCCCCAAUGUGAAGGGGACAGAGGGAGUUUCUCCCCUGUGCAGUGCAGCCAGGACCAGGAGAGCUGCUGGUGUGUCUUUGGCAAUGGAGAAGAGGUGCCAGGGACACGAGUAAAGGGGACAAGACCAGAAUGUGCAAGUCCGCAGUGUGCUCUGCCAUUUGGUGCCUCAGCAGUUGCCAAUGGGGCUGUACUUUGUGAAAACGUCCCUGGGCAAGAUCCAGGCAUCCAGCAGUGCCAGCUCGUGUGUCGCCAGGGCUUCCGCAGCGCCACGCCCAGCACCUCAUCCCAGUGUGAUGCGCGGCAGCGGCGCUGGGUCUCGGCUGCCCCUCUGCUCCAGGCCUGCCAGAAGCUCCAAUUAUUUCAGAUGGUCCAAGCUCAAACACACUUUCAACUACGCCUGCCUCCUGAGAAAACAUGUAGUUCUGACUACUCUGGAUUACUCCAGGCAUUCCAGAUAUUUAUUUUAGAUGAAUUGAAGGCUCGUGGUUUAUGUCACCUCCAGGUAAAUGCAUUUGGAAAAACUGGCUCAGUUUCCAUGUGUGAUGAUUCCACUGUCUAUGUUGAAUGCCUGAGUGCGGAUCGCCUGGGAGUGAACAUCACGUGGAGGACUCAGCUGGAAAACAUCCCCACAGCUUCUCUCCCUGACUUACAUGAUAUUGAAAAUGCAAUUGUUGGGGAAAAUCUCAUUGGAGCAUUUAUAAAAGAGAUUAAGGAUGGUGUUUUUCUGCUGCAUUUGGAUUCCAAGCAGUUCCUAGCAGAUUCUGUCAUUGAUUUUCCCCGGGAUGAAGAGUUUGAUCUGUCUCCCCGUGUGCAGCUUGGAUGCAGAAGUGGGUUUAGAAGAAUUUCAUCUCCUGGGAAAGCAGGCCCUAAUUCACAAGGAUGUGUUGUUUGUCCUCCAGGCAGUUAUUUCCAGGAUGAUGAAUGCAUUCCCUGCCCUCUUGGCUACUAUCAGUAUCAGACAGGACAUUCCUUCUGUAUCAAGUGUCCUGUGGGCAAAACUACCAGCUCCUAUGGGGCAAUCAGUGCUGAUCACUGUGUCACCCCCUGCCAGAGCAGUGAGCAGGGCCUGUGGUGUGAUGAAGAUGGCCAGUACAGACCUUCCCAGCAAGACCCUGCCACCAAGAAAUCCCUCUGUGUCGACAGCUUUGGGGCAGCCCUGGGCUGGACUGAAACAGACGAUCUCCUGACAGAUGAGCAGUGCUUGGUGCUCAGAAAAUUUGAAAGAGUUCCUGCCUCCAACCUGAUUUAUGGAUCAGAAGAAGCUCAAAUUCUUCAGUCUCAGUCGUUUGGAGGAGACCUGCAAAGCACAUAUUUUCAGUGCAUUUCAGGCUGUGAGAGGGAAGAUGCUUGUGGCUUUGCAACUGUAACUCCUGCUGGCACUGAAGUGCUCUGUGAAUUAUACAGUGCUGCUGAAGCCAACUUCAACUGCACCACGUCUGGAUUAGUAAGAAUGAUCAUAUUUAAAAAUAUAUGUUUAUCACAGUGCUGUGUGUUCAAUGUAAGUAGACAAAAUCACAGAAGAAAGGCAGGCUGUCACCUGACCCCUUGGACGUUGCUCUUCUCUGUGGCAGCAAUAAAUCCCUGCAAGCUGGUAAAGAGGCUACACCCAGAUGUGCAAGGUGUCUUGGGGAACCCUGCUGCCACUAGCAUCAGUGAUCUCAGCUGCUUGCUGCAUGUCAAGAACCCAGAGAGAGAUGCACUGAUGGCCUUUUUGAAGAGAGGACAGGAAUUCAGCUCCUCUGGACUGAAGGCCUUUGAGAGGACUGGCUUCCAGAACGUUCUGUCGGGCGUGUACCGCUCCCUGGUGCUCCCAGCAGCCAGCACAUCCCAGACUGAUGCUCGGCUGCUCUGCAGGCAGGAGUGCAGCCGGGACUCCUGCUGUGAUGGAUUCAUCCUGAGCCAGCUCCUCCUGGAUGCAGGUACCAUUCUGUGCAGUUUGCUGAGCUCCCCAGACGUGCUGAUCUGCAAUGCCAAAGGCUGGAGUCCAACACCAACCUCAGCCAUGGGGGAGGUGUGUAAAGGUGUGAGGUAUGAUGAGAAGGAGAAGAGGUUUUCCUUCACCCUGGGAGGACAAGUGUUCAGUGGAACUUCUCAGUUGAUGGAAGAGGCAGAAAGAAAUUUCACUACCUUUCAGGAAAUUUACCUGUGGAGAGACUCUGAUAUGGUCACCCGGAUGAAAACCUCUCUAUGUGAGGCUGCUGCUUUGGAGACAAAGGAUGGUCUGGUGUUAUCAGAUUCCAUAAAGGAUCUUUUCUACCUAAUGGACAACAGCCAGAUACAGAGUGACCAGAACCACUCUCUCCCUUACCAGCAGUAUUGGGUCUUCAGGCAGAAGUACUCAGCUGAGGAAGCUCUGCUUUGGUGUCUCACACGUUGUGCCCAAGAGGAAGAGUUCUGUCGAAUGGCAGAUCUGCAAAGUGCCACAGACAAAUACUUUGUGUGUACCCUCUAUCCAGAGGCACAGAUUUGUGACAGCAGCAUCAACCAAAUACCAGGAAACUGUGCAACUGUGCUACCCUGGCAACCACAGACACUGUACCAUAAAAUAGUCACUCUUAAAAGUUUUGUGAAGAGCUUCUACACACGUGUACCAUUCCAGAAAGUAACAGAAAUCUCAGUGAGGAAUAAGACUGACAUGAGCAGAAAAGCUGUUUCAGAUGGGUUUUUUGAGUGUGAGCGUUGGUGUGAUGCUGACCCCUGUUGCACAGGAUUUGGCUUUUUCAAUGACUCCCAGCUGUCAGGUGGGAAGAUCAUGUGCGUGACUCUGAACAGCCUUGGCAUCCAGACCUGUGCUGAGGAAACAAGAAGUGCUUGGCACAUUUCAAAUUGCACUUCACCAGAUGCUGAAGUCAAAAUACACCCAUUUGGCUGGUAUCAAAAGCCUGCUGACUUGAAGAGCACCAUUCCCAACCUGUGUCCACCUGUUAAUUUACCUUUCAGGCCAGAAAGUGAAUAUAUGGAUGCAUGGCAACCCUUAAAUGUGUCAUCUGUUCUCCUGGAUGCAUCCAUCUCCCACUUUGAAGUUGUGCAUGUUAGCAGAGAUAUAUUGAAUGACUUCUCCACGGCCAGAGAUUUUUGCCUGUCUGCUUGUUCAAAGAACCAGUCAUGUUCAAUGGUUACACUGGAAAUCCAGCCUUCAGCCAUAAGGUGCAUUUUCUACCCUGAUACACAGAUGUGUGCACAUGGCCUGCAAGGGCACAGCUGCUGGGUUUUACUCAAAGAACCUGCUACCUAUAUCUAUAGGAGACAAGAUUUACUCCAGCCCAUUUCUGAGUCGGAUUCAACCCCAAGGGUGUACAUCCCAUCCCAUGGAUACCUGAUGGGCAAAUCCCAGGUGAUCCACGUGGGCUCAGGAUGGAGGAACAUCAGCCAGUUCCUGGGCGUCCCUUACGCUGCCCCUCCCCUCGGCGAGAGGCGCUUCAGCCCCCCAGAGCCCUUUGCUUGGCUGGAGACCUGGAACGCCACGGGGGCUCGGGCAGCAUGUUGGCAGCCAGGAGACGGAGAAGCCCCACCACAGUCUGUCAGUGAAGACUGUCUGUAUCUGCACAUCUUUGUUCCUGACACCACUGUCAAAAACAUGUCAGUGUUGCUGUUCUUCCACAAUGGAGGGAGUUACAGUGCUGAGGAGGGAAAGACAGCCCUGGAUGGAUCAUACCUGGCUGCCAUCGGUAACGUCAUCGUCGUGACGGCAAACUACCGGAUCGGCGUCUUUGGCUUCCUGAGCACUGGCUCUGCUGAGGCCAGAGGGAACGCUGGCCUUUGGGACCAGCUGGCAGCGUUGAGAUGGGUGCAGCAGAACAUCGCCAGCUUCGGGGGCGACCCCAGCCGCGUCUCCCUGGGAGCCGAGCGCGGCGGCGCCGAUGUGGCCAGCGCCCACCUGCUCACAGACACAGCGGCUACAGACCUCUUCAGGAGGCUGCUGUUGAUGGGAGGCUCAGCUUUUUCUCCAGCAUCUAUAAUAACUACCAGGAGGGCACAGACCCAAGCAGCAGCCCUGGCUGAAGACGUGGGAUGCCCUUCAUCCACCAGAGAGGAAAUUGUAGCCUGCCUUCGCCAGUUGCCUGCUCGUGUCCUCAAUGAUGCUCAAACUAAGCUGCUAGCUAUAAGUGGCCCAUUCCAGUACUGGGGUCCAGUGAUGGAUGGAAUUUACCUCCGGGAACCUUUGGCUAAAGCCCUGCAGCGCCCUCGGCUUCGGAAAAUAGAUCUGCUCAUUGGAAGUGCUCAACAAGAUGGUCUCAUCAGCAGAGCCAAGGCAAUUAAGAAAUUUGAAGAAAGUCAAGGAAGAGCCAACAGCAAAACAGCCUUUUAUCAGGCUCUGCAAAAUUCUCUAGGAGGAGAAGAGUCCAACUCGUUCAUUGAAGAUGCAGCUACAUGGUAUUACUCCCUGGAACAUUCAACUGAUGAUUAUUCUUCCUUUUCCAGGGCGUUGGAAAACGCCACCCGUGACCAGUUUAUCACAUGUCCCAUCAUAAACAUGGCAAGUUACUGGGCUGCUGCCUCUCAAGGAAAUGUCUUCAUGUACCACGUACCUGAGAGCUCCUCACAGAGCAGCUCAGGUCAGGAGUUCCUGCUGGAUGUUCAGUACGCAUUUGGUCUACCCUUUUACCCGAAGUAUGAAGUACAAUUUACUGAUGAAGAAAAGGGCCUUUCCUUGCAAAUUAUGCAGUAUAUCUCCAAUUUCAUAAACUCUGGAAAUCCAAACUACCUGCACAGUUUCUCGAGAAGAAUGUUGGGGGUGAUGCCUGCCUGGCCUAUGUAUCUGUCAAGUGAUGAUGGUGAUAACUACAAGGAAUUCACUGUUUCUUUGCCGACUCUUAAAGGACUGAAAAAAGCAGACUGUUCCUUUUGGUCUGAUUAUAUCCGAAGGCUGAAAGCAUCCACAGGAAGUGCAAGUGGUGGAGAGCCCUCUGCUGAAAACAGCUCUGGUGAAACUCCAAGUGAAGUUACUUCCCUGGAGAGCCAGCCCCUGGGGGAUGAGGUGGCUUACAGCAGAUAGAGAAUCACAGGGCUGUGGGAUGGCUUUGUCACACAAUUGUGCAUCCACACAACCAUCUCGCACCAGAUGAACAGCACUUCCUUUAGUUAACUUUCUCAACAAGUCCAUUAGACCUUUCAAUAAAGUAGUUUUCAAGAAAAUUGAUGAAUAUGGCACAAAAUAAGCACUACGGCUAUUAAGUCAAAAGAGACUGUAAUUUGAAAAUAAUAAAGUACCAAUAAAAACUGCAAAACCAAAACAAGUAUACUUGGUCUUUAUUUCUUGCAACUACACAAAUGCCAGCAUAUUCUAGUACCACCAGCCAGAAAAGGACAUACAUUAAAACACUUGGAAGCCCCUCAUUGAUGAGGCU